AUGGUGAUCGUUCUGUUGUAUGUGGACGACAUAAUUCUAACAGGCAGCAAUUAUGCAGAGGUCACUCGUCUUCAGGAAGAACUUUCGUUGCGAUUUGAUAUGAAGAAACUUGGGGAGCUUAGUAAUUUUCUUGGGUUGCAAAUUGAAAAUCUGGAUAAAGGAAUUUAUGUGUCUCAGUUCAGUUAUGCUAAACGACUCAUUGAGAAAUUUGGUUUGAUUGAUGGAAAGAAGCGAUCUACACCACUUGAUGUAAAUACAAGACUUCAUCGUGACGAAGGAACAUGUUUGUCGGACCCUCGUCCCUUUCGUACACUUGUGGGGAGUCUUAUUUAUUUGACAAUAACAAGGCCGGAUAUUGCCUUCUCUGUUGGUAUGGUCAGUCGAUACAUGCAAGAGCCAAGGAAGCCACACUUCGAAGAGGCUAAGAAGAUCUUAAAGUAUGUUAAUUCUACUCUUAACUUGGGUCUACUCUAUGAGAAGGGUGUAGAGUUUUCUUUACAAGGAUUUGCAGAUGCUGAUUUUGGUGGAGACUUGGAUGAUCGGAGAUCAACUUCUGGUUUUGAAUUUCUGCGAGGAGCAACAAGUAUAUCAUGGUGUAGCAAAAAGCAAAGUUCAGUAUCUCUAUCCACGACUGAAGCAGAGUACAAAGCAUCUGCUCAGGCUGCUCAAGAGUGUAUGUGGCUUCGUAGACUCUUUGAAGAUCUGCACGUACCCAUUGAUCAACCCAUUCCUAUUCAUAGAGAUAAUCUGAGUGCAAUCAAACUUACGUCUAAUCCUGUCUUCCACGCGAGGACAAAACAUAUUGAACUUGAGCAUCAUUUCAUUCGUGAGAAAGUGCUCGACAGAAUUAUUGAUAUGGUCGCAGUUAAGAGUGAAGACAACAUUGCUGACAUUUUUACAAAAACACUUCCAAAGGGUGCAUUCGAAGAUCUGCGAUCAAAGCUCGGAUUAGUUCUGAGAACAUCACUUUAA